CACCCUCUCGUAUCCCUUGUGCGGCGUGCUCAGCAUGUUUACCAGCCUCCUCAGUCUGAUGUCUCCCUUGGUGCUGGUGGUCAUGUCGCUGGAGAGAUACGUGGCUGUGUGCCACCCUCUCAGGCACGCCUCCAUCAUCACCGUCAGGAACACCAUGUGGGCCGUGCUUGCCGUGUGGGCUUUUUGUUUCUUCAAUAUCCUCAUCCAGGGGCUUUUAUUGAUCAUGUUUCCAUUCGAGCAGCUGAAGAGUCUGCAAAUGACGCAGCCGUGCAGAUACAGCGCCAUGUUCCUCGUGCCACUUUCCGAAUUGUACGCUAACAUUUACACGUAUUUCUUGUUCACCUCGGCAAGCCUGACCAUUGUUUUCAGCUACAUCGGUGUGGUGUUGUCAGCCAGGUCGGCGGCCACGGACAAGCACUCGGCCCAUAAAGCGCGGAACACGCUGCUGCUGCACCUGGUGCAGCUCGGCCUCAGCCUCUUGUCGGUCUUUCACUCCACCAUUAUGUUAUUCAUGUAUGCUUUGUUGAACCACGUCAACUUCUCACAAGUUCAGGCCAUUUUGUUUGUGUGCUUUUUUCAGCUGCCCAGAUGUCUGAGUUCUCUCAUCUACGGGCUGAGAGAUCAGAGCCUGCGGGUCGUGCUCGUGUACUUUUUUCUGCCGUCACCUCGGAGGGUCGGUCGCUCCUGAUAAAGCUGCGACUGUUUCCUGAGAGGAUCUCUCUUUUGUUCCUAUCCAUUCACAAUGUGCACGGUGUCACUUUUAACUCUGCAUUCAUUUGUUCGUGUUCGUACAGGAAGAAUAUGCAUCUACAAAUCUGUCGUGAUGUGUGCAACAGAAAACGACAGUUUUGUCCGUGCGUCACACUGAGUCGGGGUGGAGGAAUUGUGGAAGGCCCCCCGCAUCAGCCACUGCACACACUGUCUCGCCGACUGCUUUUCUGGGUUCGGAAGCACGGCGCGCAGUGUGCCCGCCGGGAGGUGGUCAAUGUUUUAUCGGCUGUCGUGAUACUUUGUGUGUGAGCUGGCUUUAUUGCGCAUUAAAAUGACCUGUUUCCAAAGUG